UGCAUGAGCAGUCCAGACCAUCUUGAAGGAGUCCAAAGGCCAAGGGUCACUGAACUGUUUCUGCCAGCUUCACCAUGAACCUGGAACCACCCAAGGUCGAGAUCCGGUCAGCCACCAGGGUGAUGGGAGGACCUGUUACCCCCCGGAAGGGACCACCCAAAUUUAAGCAGCGGCAAACCAGGCAAUUCAAGAGCAAGCCUCCCAAGAAAGGCGUCCAAGGGUUUGGGGACGACAUCCCUGGAAUGGAAGGCCUGGGAACAGAUAUCACUGUCAUCUGCCCAUGGGAGGCCUUCAACCACCUGGAGCUGCACGAGCUGGCCCAGUAUGGCAUCAUCUAGCCAGACCCCUG